AUGGCAGACCCUGCAACCGAACUCUCCAAAGCAGAGCGCUUCAAAGCUACGCACCUCGCCGCGCGCCAUGGCAACUAUCACCAAUACUAUACCAAGUUCCGGGCACCGACUGUUCCAGACGAGCGCCUUUCGAUUAUCCCAUCAGAAAUCCUCCGCAACGCGCGAGUCAUAGAUCUAGGGUGCAACGCAGGCAAGCUGACCCACGAGGUGAUGGCACACUACGGCGCUGCCGCCUCAGUCGGCGUCGACAUCGACCCGUGGCUAGUCGAGCAGGCAAAAGCGACGUACCCGGACGGGCUGUGUACAUUUGAGCACUUUGACUUCGUGGAUGCGUCCGCUUACACAGGUACCGCGCUAGGCAAGUUCGACGUUGUCUUACUGCUCUCAGUGACUAAGUGGAUACACCUCAACAACGGGGAUGCCGGGAUGUUGAAGCUAUUUGCGCACAUACAAAGCAUACUGAAUGAUGGAGGUCAUCUCGUUGUGGAGCCGCAGCCCAUGAGCAAUUAUGCAAGAGCUUCAAAGAAAAAUAAAGAGCUGAGAGAGACGUAUAAGACGAUACAGAUUAGGCCGCCGUUUGACAAUGAGUUGAAAGCACUGGGUUUUGAGAUAAUACUGGAAGUUGAGAGGGAUGAGGAGGGGUUUGCUAGGCCCGUACAUGUUUGGAAAAAGAAGCUAUCAUGA